CCCCUCCCUGGCAGCGAUUGGUGUGAUUGGCUGAGCCCAAAAGCCGGCCGUCACGUGCGCCGCUUCCCUUGCUGUGACCGCGGGGCCUGAGGGUGGCGGGGCGGCCUGUGGCGGGGCCUGGGGAAGAUGAGCGGCGCCCGGCGGAAGGAGGAGCCGCCGCCGUCGCACCCGCAGCAGCACCUGGUGGCCAACGGCGGCGGCGCGCUGCGCGGCUCGGUGUGGGGCAAGGCGCUGCGGAGCGACUCCGCCUGGGAGGACAAGGAUGAGUUUUUAGACGUGAUCUACUGGUUCCGACAGAUCAUUGCAGUUAUUUUGGGAGUCAUCUGGGGCGUAGUUCCACUGAAGGGAUUUGUGGGAAUAGCAAUAUUCUGCCUGAUCAACGCUGGCGUCCUAUACCUCUAUUUUAGUAGCUUUCAGCAGAUAGAUGAGGAGGAGUAUGGAGGCACAUGGGAGCUAACGAAAGAAGGAUUCAUGACAUCGUUUGCACUGUUUUUGGUUGUUUGGAUAAUCUUUUACACUGCCAUCCACUACGACUGACAGCCUGCAGCCCUUGCCUCCCAUUCCGGUCUUCAAUAAAUCCAGGAACAUUUUAAUAAAUCAGAGCCUGUAAUGGACUGGUGGGAGAUGAAAAUCAGCCACCUUUUUGUACCAGUGGUCCGAGGAGCCUGGAACAGCCCCAGCUCCCCUAACAGAGAAGCCAGUCCGUCUUGAUUUUAUACAAGUGUUGCUUAUUGGAACUUUUUAAAAAGCCAUCACAAUUUUUGAAAGCCGUUCAAGACUAUUCAACUUUUGCCAUGACUUUAUUCAAUAACUGUAACAACCUCCUGUGUGCUAAAGGGUGAAUCUAUUAAUUUAAUUUGUGUAAGUUACCUCACCCUCUGGAUGAAAUCUGUCUUUAAAUUGUGACUUGUCUUCCAUUGUUGUCCUUCAGACAUAGUUUUAAAACAGCAGUCACUAAGUUACUUUCAGUGGAGAACACUGCAGCAUUCAAGUAGUACAUGGAGUUCAAUGGUUGCCCUUGGCUUCUUUGAAGAUAAUUAAAGAUGUGAUUUAUUUGAGUAAAAUGACUAUCGUUACCAUAUUUUUUAAAUUAAGAAUCAUUUGAUCACCAGAAUUUUCAAAUGCUCUUGGCUAAAAACAUGGAUUUUUAAAUAAUUUUGCUGGGGAGAGUUAGUCAUCUGCUUUGGGAAUGUUUAACUUGUAAACAGUGUUCAUCAUGUUUAGGACCUCCAUCAUGUUUCUGCUAGCCCAGAGGGCUACUAACUCCGUUCCCGGAGCCUACCUCAGAGUUCAGUAGUCUAGACGGACAAAAUAAUUCCAGAGGCAUACUUUUAAAUGUCUGAAUUUAACUGCUUAAAAUCUUAAUUUUUUAUAUGGUGUAUAUAUAAGUUAAUGGGGUUCAAAUUCUGUUUAUUGACAAAUGCAGGAGACUAAAAAUAAGUACAAUUGAGGCAGCUAAUGUCAUAGAUGCAGAAUUAUGAACUCUUUUAAAAGAGGCAUUUUCCCAGGAGCAGAUGGCCUCCAGAUUUCAGUGUUGAUCUCUUCAUGGUACUGAGCAAAGCACCAUCUAAACCAGAUAUUGCUGAGCUAUCCCGUCAGUUUAGAGCUACUCCUGAGUGUUGCCAUAGAGGUAAGCUGGGGGCUGUUUACUUCUCUAAAAUGCUUAAGUAUAUAUCUUUUCACAACUUGUAUUGACAGCAGUAACAUGCACAGUGCUGCCUACGCAGUUAUCUCCAGGAAGCAGUGCCACCAUGUGGUUUGGUUGUAGAAUCGUCCCUGCUGUUCUAACCUAUAGUUCACAUAAACUUGGGGAAGGUUUGUACCAAGAUUGCCUUAUGGUGAGAACUUGACCUACUUUUAAUAUUCUCUUGUUGAAAUCCUACACUGUUUCCUUGUCCCUCUCUUCUGAAAGCUCAAGAGCCCAGAAUUCUUAUGUUUGCAUAUAAAGUUAGGCACCUAAAUAACAGUUUUCAGUGCUGAAAGUAGGAAAGUUUCCCAUGCAUUUCCCCCCAAACUUUAAUAGGGAGGAUAUCUACUUUGGGAAGGGAGAGAUGGUUAACUACUAGGUCCCUGAGAGCUGUGGAAAAAGAGGAGCUGAGGCUUGCUGCUAUUGCAGUCUGAGUUGCCAGUUUAAAAAGUGAAUGAUCUCAUGCAGACUCCUAAACGUGCUGCUCUCUUGUGUGUGUAAGAUUUAAACCCUGCUAUGAUUUUCUCCUCCUCAGCUGUAAGCAUUAAUUUCCUUUGAGAAGUGACCUGUCCACUAGUUUUAAGUUAUUCUUUGCUAUCAUCAGUUUGUGCGUUUCCUUAAUUAACCCCACCCAUCAAUAAAAUAAACCAUUGUAUACUUGAAAGCAAUCUAUUAAAUAAUGUCACCUGACUAA